UUAAACAAGCGAAACACAAAACCCAAACGGCGCCAAAAAGAGCAGAAGAUAAAAAUGGAGAAUCAGAAGCAAACAGGACCCGAAGCUCCUAUCAAAGUGUCAACCCUCAAUUGUAUCGAUCUCUCUAAUCCUGAUAUUCACCACUCCGUCUCUUUACUCAAGCAGGCUUGCUUGGAUUGCGGGUUUUUCUAUGUUGUAAACCAUGGGAUAAGCCAAGAAUUCAUGGAUGAAGUAUUUGCUCAAAGCAAGAAGUUCUUUCAUUUGCCAUUAAACGAGAAAAUGAAAGUUUUGAGGAGUGAAAAACAUAGAGGCUAUACUCCCCUGCUUGAUGAGCAUCUUGACCUUGAGAAUCAAAUACAUGGAGACUACAAAGAAGGGUAUUACAUCGGUGUCAAUGUGCCUGAAAACGACCCUGAAUCCGAGAAGCCGUUUAAUGGGUGUAAUGUUUGGCCCGCAUAUGGUGUUUUGCCCGGAUGGAGGCAGACUAUGGAGAAAUUUCAUCAUGAGGCAUUGGAGGUAGCGAAGGCAGUUGCAAGGAUGAUAGCGCUUGCACUCAACCUAGAGGCUGAUUUCUUCGAUAAGCCUGAGAUUCUUGGGGAGCCUAUUGCCAUCUUGCGAUUGCUACACUAUGAAGGUAAAAUUUCUGAUCCUUUGAAAGGAAUAUAUGGAGCUGGGGCACAUUCUGACUUCGGAUUUAUUACACUCUUGGCAACCGAUGAUGUUAUGGGUCUGCAAAUAUGCAGGGAUAAAGAAGCAAAGCCUCAGUUAUGGGAGUACGUUACACCGAUGAAAGGAGCUUUUAUAGUCAACCUUGGGGACAUGCUGGAGCGCUGGAGUAACUGUAUAUUCAAGUCCACUUUGCACAGAGUUUUAGGAAAUGGUCAAGAUAGAUAUUCGAUUGCAUACUUUGUGGAACCUAAUCAUGACUGCCUUGUUGAAUGUUUGCCGACCUGCAAAUCAGAAGAAAAUCCUCCCAAGUUUCCUCCUAUUCGAUGCUCGACGUAUAUGAGCCAACGUUACAGGGACACUCAUGCUGAUUUGAAUGUAUACAAUGAACAUCAGGCUUGAAGUCCUUCACCAUACAUCGGCAUAUCGAUCUUAAUGUUGUUUGCAUCAUAAAUUGGAAAGUUUUAGCUUCAACUCUGGAUUUAACAUGUUUGGA